CAAAUUUUAUUAUCCCCUCUAAAAAAGUUGUGUUUUUCUUAGCCAUGGGAUACUGAAUCGAGCACGAAUUGGUGGUAGUUCGGUAAUAUGUGCGUGUGGGAUAGGAUAAGCAUUGAGGACUUCCCCUCUAGGUCAAAACGCCAGGGCAUUGCAUAUCCUAUUUGAAAAUGGUAUUCGUCUCGUUUGGUUGUUUACCGUAUUUCAUUCUCACCUUACGUAUCAGCACACUAGUAUAGAGAAAUUAAAGCAAUUUUAGAAUAGAGAUUGCAUCUUUACAAUUUUGGUCUUUAAUUAAUUAAUUAAUUAAUUAAUUUAUUUAUUUUUGUUUUAUUAUGAGAUUUGCAGAUUUUUUUUUUUUUUUAAUGAAAGGGCAGUAAAAGAUGGGUACCAAUAACAAUUAUCUUGGCUUUAAUGUGCCACUGAUGAGUCUUUGUGGCAGCAUACCAAGCGAAACUUCCCGUUUGUUGCCAGAGCAAAAUUAAUUCUAUGGUCAAUGGCUUUGAUUACGUCUUUAUAUAUCAGAAAUUUUUUAAAGAAAAAGAAAAAGAAUUGAGUGUCUUGUUUGCAUUCCACGUAUACUUUGAAUUUUCAAUCUGUCAACGGCCUAUGCGAGUAUGAACUUGGAAUCUAGCUUGCCCCAGGGCCCUACCUUCUUUCAUAGCCUGGGCCAUAAGAUUUUCUCAUUCGGCCUGGCUCCCUGCCUUGGGCCUUAAGCCUGCAUGCCCAUUCCCAGGUUGCAACUUAAGGGUAUCAGUCAUUUUAUUGCAAAUUCCAUCAUUUCCAUAAAGUUGGCAAAUGGAAAAUGGAUGUUCUUUUUCCAAAAUUUUCGGUUCAAUCAACUCCCCACUCUGCUAUUUUUGGGUAAUCCAUAGCCAUAUGUAAUAUAGUGGGUAUAAAUGGACCAUCUCCAUUUUCUCUGCCAAAAAUUUUUAUUUUCAUGUCACAGUCUGAUAGAAACAUUAUUUCCGUUCAAAUUUCUUCCCCUUUGAAAUCAAUCCAUUGCCCUGAUGGUGUUGAGUGGUUGGCCAGUCACACUUAUCAUCCUCCUCAUGAAGUAGGUAGUCACCGUCCAGCCCUGACUCCGAAUUUCCUCCAAGAUUCUAGUAAUUCCACGCUAUACUUAGCGGUAGCCAAUACUAUGGUCCACAGGCCCAGCAGUUCCCACUUGAUAUGAGCCAGCCGUCCUUCCAAAGUUGUCUUUGCUUUUGCUUGAACCAGUGGUUUUGUGUCUUUUACUAUUCCUUGUCAAUCUCUAAUCAUAAAUCAAAACAAAAGAAAUUGCUAGCAAUUUCCAGCCUCUUAAAUCCGAACUUCGUAGACUUUCCACAGAAUGCUUUUCUCCUUUUCCUCUUCAUUCUUCUGCUCCAAAUGGAUACGCUCUAUUUCUUCAUAUCCCACAAACCUGUUUUCACUUGUUUCACUGCUGUCUUCUUCUUCUUCUUCUUCAACACUUUGGCCGAGCAAUCCUUGACAUCGGAUCAAAAGUUCCAGGCAUGUGCACCAAUAACCUGUGGCAAAGGCCCCAAAAUAAGCUACCCCUUUUUCUUAUCUAACGUUCAAGACGCCUUCUGUGGCUACCCAAAUUUCGACAUCACUUGUAAGCAUGAAUACCCAGUUCUCGGAAUCUCCAAUGAUGAUUAUAUCAUUAAAGAUAUUUUCUAUAACAAUCAGACCUUCCUCGUAGCUAGUGCUGUGGCCUAUGAGGAGGACACAUGUCCAACUCCUUUGCAUAAUUUGACCCUCGAUCUAACUCCCUUUAUUAUUAGUCCUGAUUAUUUUGAUUUUUACUUCUUGUACAAUUGUACCUCAAAGCCUCCAAAGAACCUUACAUAUACCAUAAGAUGUGCUACCAAUUCUACUGUUUAUUCGUUUGCUGGGUUUCACAUUGAAAAAUUGGAGAUAUCCUCUAACUAUUCUUUGGAUUCAUGCAACUACUUUGUUAAUGCUCCUUUGCACACCGGCAGUGAUUUGUAUAGUUUGUUUCAUAAGAAUUAUACUGAAAUUUUGAAGAUGGGGUUCCUCUUGAAUUGGACUGCGCAUACUUGCAGCACCUGUGAGGGAAGUGGUGGUCGCUGUGGAUUUGAGAAUCAUGAAUUUGUUUGUUUUUGUCAUGAUCGGACUCAUCUUAAUUCCUGUGAUGACGACAAGCAGUGGAAUUUCUCACCGAAGAUUUUUGUUGGCGUAACCUGUGGAGUAAUAGGAUUUUUAGUCGCUUGUGCAUGCAUUUGUCGUUCCAAGAAAAUCCCAUCAGUUACAUCCAUAUUUCCCUUUCAGAAAAUGGUAAAGAAUAAUCAAGAUUUUGAGGACUUUCUAAAAAAUCAUGGACCUCUAGCUAUAAAAAGGUACAACUUUUCAGAAGUGAAGAAAAUGACUAGUUUGUUUAAGGAUAAACUUGGCCAAGGAGGCUAUGGCAGCGUCUACAAAGGAAAGCUAUUCGAUGGCCGUCUUGUAGCAGUGAAGCUUUUGAAUGCAUCUAAAGGAGAUGGACAAGAAUUCAUCAAUGAAGUUGCUAGCAUUAGUAGAACUUCUCAUGUUAAUGUUGUCACUAUAUUGGGGUUCUGUUUGGAGGGUAAGAAAAGAGCUCUAAUUUACGAGUUUAUGUCAAAUGGAUCUCUUGAAAAGUUCAUAUGCCAUGGAAGUACUUUCAAAAUAGAUCAGCAUUUGGGAUGGGAAACUAUGCAUCAAAUUGCCAUUGGAAUAGCUCGAGGACUUGAGUACUUGCACCGUGGAUGCAACACAAGGAUCGUACAUUUUGACAUUAAGCCUCACAAUAUUCUUCUUGAUGAAAAUUUUUGUCCCAAAAUUUCAGAUUUUGGACUUGCAAAAUUAUGUACCAAAAAAGAAAGCACUAUAUCCAUGUUAGAGGCUAGAGGGACUGUUGGAUAUAUAGCACCAGAAGUGUUCAGUAGAAAUUUUGGCAGAGUUUCAUCCAAAUCUGAUGUUUAUAGCUAUGGGAUGAUGGUUUUAGAGAUGGUUGGAGGCAUGGAGGAAGAUGAUGAGGUUGGAACAGAUAAUAGCAGUGAGAAAUAUUUUCCACAGUGCAUUUAUAGACGGCUCGAGCAAGGUAAUAAUUAUGAACUUCUUGGUGAGAUUUCCAUUGAAGAGAUUGAAAUUGUGAGAAAACUGACAAUGGUUGGCUUGUGGUGCAUCCAAACAAUUCCUUCUCACAGACCAUCCAUGAGUAAGGUAAUAGAAAUGCUACAAGGAAGCAUAGAGACCCUAAACAUCCCUCCAAAGCCUUCUCUAUCAUGCCCUCCGCCAUUUCUAGCAUCAUCUUUUACCAUAUCAGUGGCCUAAUAAUGUUGUGCCAAUUUUUGCUUUUCUUUUUUUUUUUUUUCUGGCACAUUCAAAUUUUUAGAAGAAUGUCACAACUUACAAAUUCAAUUUUUCU